AUGCUCAACAAGCUGAUACAGGUGGUUUUGGGCACCGUUGGCCUUCAGUCGGCUCUUUUAGGGCCUCCCAGUCUCUCCAACGAGCUGCAACUCGGCUGGGUCGAGUCCCAGGUGGAAUCGCUUCUGGGGGCCUCUAACGACGAGUGUAGCCGGUGCAAAAACUUGCUGGUACUCGGAAACAAGCUGGCCAAGCUUAAUCCGGCUCUGAUUCCGCCGAUUCUGAUUCGACUGUGCGAAAAAUACAACUGGAAAGACGACUGUGAGGUCUAUAGAGACGACACUCUUGCGCGGGGAGCCGUGGGACGCCAUAUCGCUAACGUCCUGUCUCUGAUAGACCCCAGGGGCGUUGAUGGAACCAAUAUUUGCUGGCAUUUUGGCAACGACGCCUGCGAGUUUGAGAUGCCGCAGUUCGAGCCACAUCUCAGCUCCUGGUGGGGCCCUCGACCGGAGGAGCCAAAAUCCGCCGGGGUGAAAAGCGAAGGUACGACGUUCAACGUGCUUCAUCUGAGCGACAUUCACAUUGAUUUGAGAUACAUGGAGGGGGCAGAGGCCGAUUGCAACAGAUACAUGUGUUGUGUUCCCGAGUCUGUGAACCAGAACAGUCCGGACAAGGUGGUUGAGCCUGCGCAGAAGCUUGGAACGUACCAUUGUGACACGCCUCAGAUUCUGCUAGAGAAAUCGCUGGCGCACGUGUCGUCAAUUGCCUCUCGGGUCCCGUUUGACUUUGGAGUUUUCACCGGCGACAUGAUUUCCCAUGAUACAGACCGGUUUCUGAGCCUGUCUCUGACGCUGCAGAGUGAACAUGAGUGCUACUACCAGAUGAAGAAGCAUCUUGGAGACCUGCCCAUUUACCCGACCUUUGGCAACCACGAUUCGUAUCCAUACGCCCAGAUGGCCCAGAACUCUUCGGGCUUUGCACGGGAGUUUGAGUGGAAUACAGACCUCAGCUCCCGCAUGUGGAGAGACUACAAGUGGAUCAACGAGGAGCAGGAGGAGCAGGCCAGACACACGUACGGCAGUUUUGCAGUGACCACAAAGUCCGGCUUGCGCGUCAUUUCGCUGGACUCCAACUUUUGGUACGAGGAAAACUACUACAACUACUGGAACAUUAGCAACCCGGACCCCAGUGGGAUUUUCAGAUGGCUCACCAAUGAGCUUUUACAGGCCGAAGAAACGGGCACAAAGGUCUGGCUAGUAGCCCAUGUACCUACAGGAGGAGAUGCAGACGCUGUCCCUUGGGGAACAGAGGUUCUGAGACAAAUCAUUGUACGGUUCUCCCCCCAUGUGAUUGCAGCCAACCUGUUUGGACACACCCACGCCGACCAGUUUGGAGUCUACUACGACUCUUCCAACGUGUCUUCCCCAACCGAGGCGGAUGCCGUAUCUGUCGCCUGGAUUGGCCAAUCAAUCACUCCAAUCGACAAGUACAAUCCAGCCUGGAGAUACUAUUCGGUGGACUCCAAGACAUUCGAAAUUAUGGACUCACACAAUUACUAUUCUCCCUUGAAUGAGACUUACAACGUGGCUGAGCCCAAACUCGAGUGGAAGUACCUCUAUUCGGCCAGAAAGGCGUAUGAUCCCGAUCGCGAAUGGCCCGACGACGCUCCCCUAAACGCCACAUUCUGGCACAGAGCCGUGAAGACGUUUGUGGAUGAUAAGAAACAACGACAGGUGUUUUUUGACAACUUUUCCAGACUCUCGCCAUACACCAGAGUUUGCAACACCGACGAGUGUAUCAAGCAGAUGAGAUGUCAAAUGGUGGGUGGAACCGUUGACGAAAUCAAGUUGUGUUUGAGGAGACCAUAA